AUGUAUUCAAAUACACCUCCCGCGCCGCCUCCCAAGCCUGGGAGCCAUGAUGCCUCCCGUAUGGGCACCCCAGCGACGACGCAAUCGCCUCGACCGCCGCCUCCUAUCCCCGACCAGCACUCCAACCUGCCCGAAGCGAUGGGCGGUGCAACGGCCCAAGCACAGAUCACCCGGCCAGAGUCAAUACCAGAUCCCGGUGAUCAAUGGCUACCGAAGUUUCUACAGGACAAAUCAAAGCAAGAUCUCGCUGAUAUCCUCUCCUCACCGGCACUCCUCAAUGGCCUGACACACGCCUCCUCCACCAUCCACCCCUCCCUCUCCGCCUCGCACGAGGCGCUGCAAGCCGCGCUGAACGAGAACGUCGAGCUGGCGACACACCUCCUGGAGCUAGAGUCGCGGCUCGCGCACCAGCGCUCCGCAACACAGGGCCAGCUGCUCUCGACGCACGCGCUCGAGCGGCAGUGGCGGCAGAAGCAGAGCGACAUGGACCGCGCGCUGAGCCCGUUCGCGCCGGCGUCGCUGUAUCAGCGCCUCGGCCAGGGCGUGCAGGAGCAGGAGAUGGUGUGCCUCGCGCUCGAGGAGAGCUUCCUGGAGGGCGAGGGUGCCGACGGCGGCACGGCGACGGAGCGGGAGACGAUGGAGUGGGUGCGCCGGUAUCGCGAGGCCAAGAAGCUGUACUAUCUGCGGCAGGAGAGGAAGGAGAGGUGGGAUGAAGGGCGAGUUGGUGGCUGGAGGUGA